ACCCUCAUACAUACAAUCCAAUGCUCUUAUGUACGCUCUUACAUCACCACCACCACUUUAAUGGUUCAUGAAAUUUCAUAAACUAUAAUGGGUUCUGUAUAUAAAAGAGAGAAUAAGCUAAGUAGAAACCAAAAAACAAAGCCCAUUUGCCUCCGUCGUCAGUAGCUAGCAGCCAUGGGUUCGCAAGCUUACCAUCCCCACUUCAUCCUGUUUCCCAUGAUGGCUCAAGGCCACAUUAUCCCUAUGAUUGAUAUUGCAAGGUUAUUAGCACAACGUGGUGUGAUAGUCACUAUAUUCACUACACCAAAAAACGCUUCCCGUUUUGAUUCAGUUCUUUUUCGUGCUCUUCGCUCUCGUCUUCCAAUUCGAAUAGUACGGCUCCAGUUUCCAUUCAAGGAAGCCGGACUACCUGAAGGGUGUGAGAAUUUGGACAUGAUAUCUUCUCUAGAUGAAGACAUGAUCUUCAAUUUCUUUGAUGCAAUCAAAAUGCUUCGGAAUCAAGCAGAAAAGCUCUUUGAAGAACUGACGCCUCAGCCAAGUUGCAUUAUCUCGGACAUGUGUAUUCCUUGGACAAUUCAGAUUGCUCAAAAACAUGGCAUUCCAAGAAUUGCUUUCCAUGGAUUCUCUUGCUUCUGCCUCCAUUGCUUGCACAAGAUCCAUACGUCCAAUGUUCUUGAGAGCAUAACAUCAGAAACGGAAGUCUUCACCGUGCCUGGCAUACCUCACCAUAUUGAGGUGAACAAAACUCAAAUACCAGUACUAAUGGAGGAUGAUAGAAUAAAGGAGUUUAGUGAACAUAUGAUUGAUGCUGAGACAAGGUCUUAUGGUGUAGUCAUAAACACUUUUGAAGAACUGGAGGGAGAAUAUGUCAGGGAUUACAAGAAGGAAAGAAAAGAUAAGGUGUGGUGUCUUGGGCCAGUCUCAUUAUGUAACAAAGACGAGUUGGAUAAGGCACAGAGAGGCAACAAAGCCUCCAUCAAUGAAAAGCUGUGCCUGAAGUGGCUUGAUUCCCAGCAACCUCGGUCUGUGGUGUAUGUCUGUCUUGGAAGCUUAUGCAACCUCAUUCCUUCACAGCUAGAAGAGCUUGCCUUGGCCCUGGAAGAUUCAAAAAAACCAUUUAUUUGGGCCAUUAGAGGAGGAGACAAGUUACAAGAGCUGGAAAGUUGGAUCAAGGAAGAUGGAUUUGAGGAAAGGAUCGAAGGAAGAGGCCUUUUAAUCAGAGGCUGGGCUCCACAAGUGCUGGUAUUAUCACACCCUGCAGUAGGAGGAUUCAUAACACAUUGUGGUUGGAAUUCAACGCUUGAAUGUAUAAGUGCAGGCGUGCCUAUGGUGACUUGGCCAUUAUUUGCAGACCAAUUUCUAAAUGAAAAGCUGGCUUGUCAAGUGCUGAAGGUUGGGGUGAGCGUUGGGGUGGAGGUUCCAAUGAAGUGGGGAGAGGAAGAGAAGAUCGGUGUGGUGGUGAAGAAGGAAGAUAUUAAGAAGGCGAUAUGCAUGGUGAUGGAUGAAGGAGAAGAAAGUGAAGAAAGAAGGAAAAAAGCUAAAGAAUUGAGUGAGAUGGCAAAGAAAGCAGUUGAAAAUGGCGGAUCUUCUCAUCGUAACAUAAGCCUGCUGAUAGAAGACAUCAUGCAACAGGCAUGUAAGGAGAAUAAGCUAGCUUGACAUUUGAACAUGUUAUUGCUUUCUUCUUUCUUUUACUGUAUGUUUGUCUAAUUAAUUCCAACGACGUGAUUAUGAAAAGAACAGAGGAGUAGAAUGAAAUGAAUUUGGUGGGAAUGAGACACACAGUCAUACAAGCACAACUCGUGAACAAUCCUUAAUGUCUAACAUCAACGUUCCAAAUUC